AUGCCUUCUGCCAUAGAAGUGCCGCCUCGACAGCCCUCUCCGGAGGUUAAGCUGCUCUCCAAGGUUGACUCUCAGAUCAUGGACGAAGAAGCUCUCACCACCGCCGCCGGCAUCUUGGACAUCAUCUGCCGCUAUCGUCUGAAGCGUGGUAGCACAGAUGAGCUCGAGGGCAGGCUAGGCUUCCUCUCCCAGAUCUACAGGAAAGUCAAGUCCCAGAGCGAGAUUCGCAUGUGCCUUCCUGCCUUCCCCUUCAAGUCACCCAACACAAGAGACAAGGUCCUCAGCCGUCUGCCUGAUAAGGCGGAUGAGUUCGCCCUUGCCAACCUCAACGGUCUCUGCUCAGCCAUCAAGGACUACUACGAGCCCGGCGCAAAGCUCACUAUCAUCUCCGACGGACUUGUAUAUAACGACCUUCUUGGUGUCCAAGACAAGGAAGUCUGGGCGUACGGAGAGACUCUUCGUGGCAUUGCCGCCGAGCAGCGCUUGACCAACAUCCAGUUCUCUCGUCUCCAGGACCUCGUCCACCUCCCUAACCUCCCCAACAAGCUCGAGGAGAUCACAUACGUCGCCAACGCUACCAACUUCCGCCGGGCUCUCCUUAACACCUUCGGCAGAGCCGACUACGACCCCUCCAACGAGAUCUCCAAGAACGAGGACACCUGCCUGACAUAUCGCGGAUACAUCAAGUUCCUCGAGACCGAUUUGCGCCAUGUCUACCCCGUCGGCGAAGACCGCUCCAAGACCAAGUUCAAGACCGGCAUCGAGUACAUCUCCAAGCAGAUGCUGCAGCGCGGUGACGCCUUUGCGCGUGCUGUGCGCGAGAACUUCCGCGACCACAUCCGUCUCUCCAUCCACCCCUCCGUGGGCGAGACCAAGAUCCCCAUCAGCCCCUUGCCGACUACCACCUACUACACCACCCCCUGGCACUGCUCCAUCGCCUUCAGCGUCAGCGGCGCCAUUACCACCGGCCCCCGAUCAGAGUUCGAGAACGACCCAAAGUACGAGCUCGUCUACGAGGACGGCAGACCCAGCUACUUCCGCGAGAAGAGCGACCUCUACAACUGGGACAAGGACGUGACCUUCGAGCCUAUCUACCCCUGCGGCGUUGUCAUCCGCCCGGCCGCCGGCCCCAAGAAGCUCUCCAUCCACGACAUCGACGCCAAGAAGGUCCGCGCCCUGUCCGAGGUCAACUCUCCCGUCAUCAUGCGCGGCUUCUCCAAGACCAAGGACCGUGACCUGUUCGUCAAGAAGUCCGAGGAGUUCGGAACGCCCCUCCCGUGGAAGUUUGGCCUUGUCCUCGAGGUCAAGGACCAGGGUGCCGAUACCCGUGGUCUGAAUAACGUUCUGUCAGCCGAGUGGAUGCCCUUCCACUUCGAUGGUCUGUUCAAGACCCACAAGGUGCCCCAAGAGGACGGAACUGAGAAGCUUCUUCCCAACCCUCCCAAGUUCCAGUUCUUCACCUCGGUCACGCCCUCACCGAAGGACACCGGCUUCACCCUCUUCACCCCGUCCCGCCUCGUCUUCCAGAACCUGCCUCCCCACCUGCCUCUUGAGAAGCUCUCCAAGCUCACCUGGAGCGUCCAGACCAGCUCCUUCGACGCCACCAAGAUGACCGGUCUCCCUCUUGUCACCCCCCACCCCGAGACCGGUGAGGCUUGCAUCCGCUACCACGAGCCCUGGCCUCAGUCCAAGACCACCUUCGAUGCCACCUACGUGAACAUCGAAGGCGUCAGCGAGGAGGAGAGCACCGAGAUCUGCAACAUCCUGGACUCCCUGUUGCACGACCGGAGGAACACGCUCUACUUCUCUUGGGAGGAGGGCGACCUGCUCGUCAGCGACAACGUCUUGGCAAUGCACACCCGCAGUGACUUCAAGGCUGGUUCGCCGAGAGAGUUGUGGCGCAUUCACUUCGACUAA